CAGCCCAGGGGCGCGCCGGAAUGUGCGCACUGCGCGCGAGUCCCCGCGCACAGCAUCCCGCGCCACCGGCCCCCUCGCCGCACACGAGCGACAUGGCUGCUUCGAGGCAUCCCCAGGUGGACGAGCUGCUGGCCGAGGCCCGGCGGGCCUUCCUGGAAGAGUUUGGGGCAGAGCCGGAGCUGGCCGCGUCGGCUCCGGGCCGCGUUAACCUCAUCGGGGAGCACACGGACUACAACCAGGGCCUGGUGUUACCCAUGGCUCUGGAACUGGUCACGGUGCUGGUGGGCAGCCGCCGGGAAGAUGGGCUGGUCUCCCUUCUCACCACCUCCAAGGACGCUGAUGAACCUCAGCGGCUGCAGUUCCCUCUGCCCUCCCCCCAGAGAUCCCUGGAGCCUGGGACCCCCCGAUGGGCCAACUACGUCAAGGGAGUGAUUGAGCACUACCCAGCCGCCCCCCUCCCAGGCUUCAGCGCGGUGGUGGUCAGCUCAGUGCCCCUGGGUGGCGGGCUGUCUAGCUCAGCUUCCCUGGAAGUGGCCACAUACACCUUCCUGCAGCAGCUCUGCCCAGACUCAGGGGCAGUAGCUGCCCGGGCCCAGGUGUGCCAGCAGGCCGAGCACAGCUUUGCAGGGGUGCCCUGUGGCAUCAUGGACCAGCUCAUCGCGCUGCUGGGGCAGAAGGGCCACGCGCUGCUCAUUGAUUGCAGGUCCCUGGAGACGAGCCUGGUGCCACUGUCUGACCCCAAGCUGGCUGUGCUCAUCACCAAUUCCAAUGUCCGCCAUGCCCUGGGCUCCAGCGAGUACCCUCUGCGGCGGCGCCAGUGUGAGGAGGUGGCCCGGGCGCUGGGCAAGGAGAGCCUUCGGGACGUGCGCAUGGAGGAACUGGAGGCUGGCAGGGAGCUGGUGAGCAAGGAGGGCUUCCGGCGGGCACGGCACGUUGUGGGUGAAAUUCAGCGCACUGCCGAGGCAGCGGCUGCCCUGAACCGCGGGGACUACAGAGCCUUUGGCCGCCUCAUGGUGGAGAGCCACCACUCACUCAGGGAUGACUAUGAAGUGAGCUGCCCCGAGCUGGACCAGCUGGUGGAGGCCGCGCUGUCUGUGCCCGGAGUCUAUGGCAGUCGCAUGACGGGCGGUGGCUUUGGGGGCUGCACGGUGACGCUGCUGGAGGCGUCCGCCGCACCCCGUGCCAUGCAGCAGAUACAGGAGCAGUACAGCGGGACCGCCACCUUCUACCUCUCUCAAGCAGCAGAUGGGGCCAAGGUGCUGCACCUGUGACUGUAGCUGGCGGGUCCCACCGCUGUGCCUUGGGCAACUGCCCACCCUCCCUGUCUGGGUGCUUAAUAAAGCCCUGCCUCCCACCAUGGUACCCACCUGCCUCUUGAGGUGGGUGUGUACCUUGGGGGUCAACGUCGCUCUCUGA